UUUAUUUCAUUAUCCACCCCAUAUUGUCUCUGUAAUAUAUUAUUGUUGUAAUUUCCACUACUUGCUCUUCUAAUACUUUUUUCUCGAAAUUUAUUGUUACAAGAAUUUUCUUCUAAAGAAUUUUUAGGUUUUGGAAGUCCAAAACGUUCUUGUUUACGUAAAUGUAAAACUCUUGGAGGUAAUUGGAUAUUUUGUUUAUUUAAAUAAAAUUGGGUUUCUGUUGCUGUUAAACGACGAUUUUGUUGUUGUUGUUGUUGAUUUUUAUUUGAAGGUGCUGAAGAAAUUAAUGGAGGUAAGGAGGAAGAUGAUAAUGAAUAAUAUUUCUUUAAAAAUAAAAAAAAAAUUAUUAAAAUUUUUUAAAUUUAGAAAUAAAAAGGAGAAGGAGAGGGGAAGAAAGGAGGUUGUCCCAAAAGAAGGUUAUAUAAUUCCCCAUGCUAUUUUUUAAAUUAAAAUUAAAUUUUAUUCGAUCCAAUUUUUUUCCAAAAUUUUUUU